AUGGCCGAUAUCGAUGUCAAGCUCGCUGCGUGGAAGCUGGUUGAGGUUGGCCGCCUCGUCCUGAUCCGCUCCGGCCCCUUCGCUGGCAAGCUCGCUGCCAUCGUUGAGAUUGUCGACCACCGCCGUAAAGAGGAGGAGGCAAAAGGAGACAUGGAGAAGGAUAGACCCAUCAAAGGAGCAGGACACUUGGAGAGGACGACGACAGAAACAACAGCCGCUCUUUGGGAUAAUUUAUUGACAGUUGUGUUGGUUGACGGUCCCUCCGGUGAGGAGCAGAAGAUCGUGCCCCGUCACGUCCUUCCCCUCGCUCACGCCACUCUCACCCACUUCACCAUCCCUCAGCUUCCCCGUGCUGCCGGUACCGGCCCCGUCAAGAAGCUCUGGGCCAAGAACGAGAUCGAUGGCAAGUGGGCCAAGUCCAACUUCGCUCAGAAGACCGACCGUACUGAGCGACGGAAGAACCUGACCGACUUCGAGCGCUUCAAGGUCCUGCGUCUCCGCAAGCAGGCCCGCUACGAGGUCCAGAAGUCCUACGCCAAGGUCCGGGCUGCCACCAAGGCAUAA